AUGAGCAUCGUUGAGGAAAAAGAAAGUUCAUCUCCUUUUUCUCGAAAGACGAAUUCAUCGAUUUUCGUUUUAGUCGUCGCGAUUGUCAGCGCGUCCACGGCUGGAGUGAUAUUCAAAAUACUCGAAGGGGAACCUUUAUAUAAUAAUAAUAAUAAAGGAGUUUUAGAAAAAGGAGAAAAAGAAGAAAAAGUGGCGGCGUUGUUAGCUUCUUCUCGCGUAACCGCGACGGCGUUGGUGCAGUUGCCGAUAUUUUUGUGUUCGCUUCUCUUUCGCUCUUCUUCUUCGUCUUCUUCGUCUUCUUUGAGAGGAGAAGAGAGGAAACGAACGAGGACGACGAUACGUGAUGAAAACAACGAGGAAGACGCUCGAUAUCUCCGCGAGAACUUGCACGUGUUCGUUCUGAGCGGUUUCUUCUUGAGCUUACACUUUUACUUUUGGAUGAACGGCUUGGUGAGAACGAGUUUGUCGCACUCGCUUUUAUUCGUCACGAGCUCACCAAUCGCGUACGUAUGUUUAACGGCGAUGACGUUUCGAAGCGAGAAAGUGCAAAAAGUUAUCGUUUGGGUGGUCUCGAAGAAGAAUAGGCAGCAACAGCAACAGAAAAAGAAUACUGUUGGCGACGAAGACAAUAACGAGACGCGCGAGACCGGCGCGAAUGGAGGCGAGAUUGAGUUGCACGAAUACAACGUAGAAGAAGGUAAAGAAGAAGAAGAAGAAGAAGAGAAUGAAAACGUUAACGACGACGACGACGACGACGAUGAGUUUACAGAAUUGUAUACUGUUCCUCCUUCCUCUUCUGUUUCUUCUUCUUCGAUUCUUCGAUUCAAAGACGUUUCAAGUUUUGAAGUCAUCGGCGCAAUUAUAGGUUUCGUAGGUUCGUGCAUCAUCGCUUUUGACGCAACAAAUAAGAAUGGUAGUAGUAAUAGUAGUAGUAGUAGUAGUAGUAGUAGUAGUCAGCGUAACGACAGGCCUUCUUUGAAAGGAGACGUUCUCAGUCUGUUGUCUGCGAUUUUGGUGUGCGGAUACAUCGCCAUCGGGGCAAAAAUAAGAGGCGAUAGACCGUCGAUGCCGAUAUUUGUGUAUUCGUUUCCUAUCGUCGCCUCGGCGGCGAUAUUUUUACAAAUUGUGGUGGUUCUCACGUGCGCGUUUGAUGAUGACGGCGGCUUUAAGCCGACGGUCUUUUUAGAAAGUUAUCGAUGGAUGAGAUUUUGGGAUCCCGCGGUUGGCCAAAAGACGUGCUUCCUCGUCUUUUUCCUGGCCGUCGUCCCUGGCACGUUAGGUCACUCGGGCUUUUUCGUCGCCAUGAAGCACUUAUCCUCUCUGACGGUCACAUUCGCGUUAUCUUUCGAACCAAUCAUCGGGUCUGCGAUUGGAUAUCUGUUGUCCGUUUCUUCAAUUCCUGGACCGGCCACAUUUGUCGGAGGAUUCGUUUUGUUAGUCGGCGUGUACUGUUGCAACUUGUAG